GCGACGCCCGCGGCAGUGGCGGCGAUUCAGACGCAUUUCAAAGGCGCCGUGGAGGAGACGGAGUUUAUCGACACAGUCGCUGCGAAACUGAAGGAGCACGGCUUUAAGAGGGACAACUGCAUCGCGCUGGUGAGCACGUGUCGCGACGAGGCGUCGCGGCUGUUCGACGGGUUGGUCGACAAGCACUUCGGGCUCGUCUUCUCGCUUAACGGACUCGCCGGCGUGCCGCCCGGCGGCGUGCUCUCCAUCAAGGCCGGCACGUCGCACAGCCCGCAGGACGCGAGUGGGCGCGAGCGAUACGUGUUUUUCGGCUUGACGCACAUCGGCAUCGACGAUCACGGAACGUGCGGCAAGAUGCGCCGCAACGGCCGCGCGACCAUGUCGGGCGCGUGCGGCGCGCUGGCGGCGCUGACGACGCAGCUCGCCAACGGAAAGGGGUUGGGAGAGGCGGACGAGGAGGACAUGGAGGCUCAUUUGCUCUUCAAGAAGCUGCGCGUUAAGGACCCACCUGCCAACAUUGUGGCAGUAACUAAAGCCGCUGUGGCAGUGAUCAAUGACACGAUCAAGAAGCUCAUAGCCAAGGCUGUGGACGCCACUAAGGCGGACUACGCUGUGGUCACAGGCGUGCAGAUCCACUCCAACUGCCACCCCGAGGGGCCCACGGGCGACGCGGCCCCGUUCAAGCUGAGCGAGACGGUGGAGUAUGUGUCGCCGUCGCUGGGGUACGUCGUGGUUAAGGGGGUCAAGACGCCCCUGAAGCUCACUAAGGAGGUGUGA